GAAUAUCCGAAUGAUAUGUAAUCCGAGAUUAAUUAAACUGUUAUCACCAGUUCUGAUACCAAGAUAGAGAUAGGGAAAUGGGUCAAUGUCGAAGAUGUUGCAAAUGCUCAUAUAAUGGCAUUCGAGGUCCCAUCAGCCAGACAGCGGAAGAUACUGUCUCGUCAAGAGGGUUGCACACUACUCCGAGGCCGUGAAGAUCUUGCGCGAGCUUUACCCUUCUCUCCAGCUUCCAGAAAAUUGGAUGAGUGGGUUCUGUGCAAGGUCUACACGCCCAAGAAUGCAAAGCAUUCGAAAAACGGCCAGAAAUCUGAUCAUCCGCCAAAGGAGAGGAACGAACAGAACCGUGAUCAGCCAAACGGCAACAGCGACAGUGCCCCGAUGACCCCGGCAAGAAUCAAUGCCGGAAAAAGGCUAUUAAUGGCUACUUGCAAGACCUUCAACCCAUGCCAAAUCACGAGCUCAACACGAGCCAACAAGUCCCGAGACCAACCAACCGGCCUACAGUGUUCUGCCAUAUCACAACCGUACGCACCCCAACUUUAUGGCACAUCGUACGAGCUCCGAGUGGGAUGCGGAUCAGCUUGCAUCUACAAGUUCAGCAUAUGGUCAUACAGCCCGCGAGCCUCGGGCCUCUUAUUUGGUAGCCGACCGGCAAUUCUCCUCCCGAAAUCACAUCCAAGCAGAAGCUCUUGGCUUCCGGCGCAAUCCACUCACUAAAAAUCCUCGUCGAGUAGUGGUGAAUAACUUUGCCAAUUUAAUUACCAUCAACUCGUAUCAUUCGUUAUAGCAUCGUACGUGAUUAGAUAUACAAGCGAGCUCUUAUGAUAAUACCAUUGACUCUAUCUGUGAUCAGCGGUUGAAAUAGGAGGUUUUACAAGAAAUAGGAUGAUUAAUUUACUCA